UCUCCAUGGCCAUGGCCAUGGCCAUGUUUGCAGCUCUAAGUAAAUCUCUCCCAAUUAUUGCUUCAAUUGUUCGUUCUUUCACUCUGCUACACACUACACUACAACACUCUUCAUUUCAGGAAAUGAUUCAUAUGAUUGUGACUCUCAAUGUAGUUGAUAUAUAAAAGCAGUAUCUGAAAGCCAACCUGACAUAGUUUGUUGAUUUCAUUGAGGAUGUUCUAGAUAGAUUGUGAUAUACGGGAACAUAUUUCAAGUGAGAGGAUGUUACUCCUCUUUAUAAAGGAGGACUCACACCCAGAUGAGAGGGAGGGGGCGACAACACUCAGAAGGAAGCACACACAAGAAAGGAAAUUGAGAGGAAACAACGACACCAAAAAAGAAAAGAAAGGGAGAGUGGGGCGGGCAUUGAGAGCAAAAACAUCCCAGGGGGCACACAUGAGUUCUAAAACCAGGCAGCUUUGAAGGAGAGAAGUGUUUGGUACUUGUGUUGGCACUGCAGAGAGGUAAGAGUAAGACUCCACCUUUCUUAAUCCCAGUAAUGGUAUCUGUUCUCCCUAUUAUACAUGAUGCUUGAUGUAGUGACAGUUGCUUGCUAGUGCAUGAUCUUGGUCAGUAAACACAGUUGCUGGCUUCUUUUUCUUGUGUGAUUCCAAAUAUGUUUUGAACAACCUGAGUUUCACUCACCACCCAAAAUUGACAUCUUCCAUCAUGUCAGUAUUUCAUGAUCCUACCAACAGGCAAAUAAAUUUUAUGAAUGUGCAAAUUUUACAGCAAAAUUCCUAAUAAAACAUAACCAUACAGGACAGAGAUCCAUCAAAAUUACAAUAAUUACUUGAGCUAGUUAAGUAUUAAAUGGACAGUAAUGGAGAAUGCACUGGAUUCCCAUCUCCACUGUUGUACUGCAAUAUGAACUUUAGUGGUUUUAGCCUAGAAAUCUGGCAAAGCCACCUCACCUGCAAUGCCACAAACCCAAAUUUCUCUAAUUUUUAGCAUUGGAAACAAUGACCCAUUGAAACUGAUCAAUGAUGGGGAUAGAAUAGGAGGCCACUGGGUGAGGGAGAAUUCAACUAGUAGCAAAUUCAGUUUAAUGAAACAAGGAUGUGGAAAUUUAUUAACGUUUUGAUAUAGUUUAAUAAAUGUUUACGGUUGAGUUCAAAGAACUGCACUUAGUGCAGUUAUACUGAAACUCCAGUGGAUCAAAGUCUGUUUGUCCUACCACAGUAGCUAAUUAUAAUUUUCAUGAAUGAAUUAAUUAUGAUUGACUGUAUGUGUAAAAUCUUUCACAUUAUUAUCUAAUUAAAUAAAGAGUAAACUCCUGAAUUCGUUCCACAUAGAUUUGUGUGUCACCACAAUAUUUUUUGUAUGAUAUUUGUCACCAAAUUAGUGUGUUAAAGAUACAGAAUAGUUACCAGAUUCAUCAUUUUGUGUUACGAUUUUAGUCCAAUAUAAGGACGAAUAUGGUGACGUUUUAUAUCUUUGAGAUACUAAUUUGAUAACAAAAAUCUUUGGAUGACUAACAUAGAGAUAUGCUAAUUUUUGGAGGACCAAUUUAGGGGUUUACUCUUAAAUAAAUGUUGUCAUAGCAUUUAAAAAUUUGAUUACGGUAAAGCUACUUGAGAUAUCAGAUAGACUCUUAGGUAUACUGAUUGUCAGAGAUUACUCUUACACUAGAUUUGGAGUUAAAAUGGGAUGCAAUGAUGAGUCAUAUAACUGACACAACACAUAUUUAAUUGUAUAGUGUAAGAGGAAUAUAUUACAUUCAGGGUAACAGAAUUUUUCCUUGAUAUAAAACAAUACUUUUUAUCAGAAAGUGAGCCUAGAAAGAUGGUAAAGUUGCUCUUUUGUGACCGAAAAGUCACGGGUUUGAAUCUAGGAAAUAACCUCUUUGCAAAAUUGCAAGGAUAAGGCUGCCUACAAGGAUUCUCUUGCCCCUACCCUUGCAAUUAUGAUGAGCUAUUUUUAUAAGACAAUACUUUUUAUGCUAUACUAUUAAUUAUGUGUUGCAUUAGCUAUAUGGGUCAUUAUCAUCUCUUACUUACUAUACAUUAACUAUGUUUUUCAAUAAAAAUAUAUAACGUAGUAGUUAAUGUUGGAGACAAUAUUGACCCAUGUGACUAACCUGGCACACAAUGAGUGAUGUGAGGUAAAAAUGUUAUCUUACAAUAGAUGUUCCUAUGAAUCUCUCAAGAGAUCAAACUCUUUUAGUAAUUAAGCACACAAUUAAAUGAUAGUAUUAAAAAUAUUUUAUAAUUGAUACACAUAAUAAAUUAAAAUUAAAUCCUUAAUUAAUAAUUCAAUAGUGUACUAUAAAAUUUGAAAAUGCAAUCAUUCCUGCUUAAUUAAAGAGAACAACUAGUAACACAACUAAAAAAAACCGAAAAAGUAACGCUUAAUUCGGGGUCUGGCUGCUAGCCACGUAAGAGGUGCGUGGCAAGGAGUCACAGCUAGAGAGCACCAAGUUUCAGCAUAUAAAAUGUUUUACUUGACACGCAUAUAGAUACACUCCCUCUUUUCUCCUUUAGAUUGUGCAUUUAGAGUCGACCUUGUCAACACCCAAACCUUAAACAAGAGAAGGCACCAAGAGGUCAGUGAAUUACUCUCUCUGACUCUAUUUAUCCAUUUGAGGUUUCACUUAUUUAGUUUCAUGAAUUUUAUGUAUACCUUAGUUGAUGCCUAUUGAAUUUAUUUAACUAAUUUUUGUAUUCAAUCACCAUUGAGUUACUACUUCAGCUCAAUUAUAUAAAUAUUUUUAUGGUGAGAUCUUGCAACAGAAUAACCUUGAUACGAUGGCUUUGAAACGGAUCAGCAAGGAAUUGAAGGAAAUAAUUACAGACCCUCCUGAAUUUUGCAGUGCUGGUGCUGGCCCGGUCAGCGAUGACAUGUCCCAUUGGCAAGCUACAAUUAUGGGCCCUACAGAUAGCCCAUUUGCUGGUGGUGUGUUUCUUUUAUCAAUUCACUUCCCUGGAGAUUAUCCCUUCCGACCACCCAAGGUUUCAUUCCGCACAAAGGUUUUCCACCCUAACAUCAGUAUCAAUGGUACUAUUUGCCUUGACAUUCUCAAAGACAAUUGGAGCCCUGCCCUUACAGUAUCCAAGGUCCUCCUUUCUAUAUGCUCUCUGCUGACAGAUCCCAACAUAGAUGAUCCAAUAAUGCCUGAGAUUGCUCACAUGUACAAGUAUGAUAGAGCCAAGUACGACUCUACUGCUCAAGAAUGGACCCAGAAAUAUGCAAUGGGCUAGGGUCACCAAUGUUAAAUAACUUUAAACUGAUGUUUUAUUUUAAAGCUCUACAAAUUAGUACAUUUUGUCUUAAAUUAGAGUUAAGUUGAUGAAUAUUUAAUUUAUUUUGUGUUACAAAGAAAGUCCUAGAUCUGGUGCGGA